AUGACCUAUUUGCUAAUAAGCUUGAUCAGAGAUGAAGUGCAGGACCAAAAUAAUUUUGUUUAUCAUGACUUGGGAUGGGAUUGUAAAGGACUUCUACAAAUGCUGUGUGAAGGAGAAUGGUAUAUCAGACUACGUCGAGGCAUACAUCCAGUCGAUAGCUCUCAACUAGGCUCGAAAGCAUCUCCUUUGACAGUGGAUAUGGAUUCCACGAGGACGAAGCGAGAACGAUGA